AAUAUGAGAGGGGACCAGAGGUUAUGAAAGGAGGACAUGGUUAAGAAUUAAAAGUCAACACCACUGGAAUACAGUUGAUAUUGGACUACGUCAGCUCGGGCUUGAAGAAAUCCUUUGCCAACCUUAGAUGUUGUUUCUGUCAACACAAGAGAGGCAGUACUGAAAAUAGAAACGUGAGGUUCAUCUUGGGACAACAAAGGAAUUUAACAGGUUCAUAGUAUGUGUGUAGCUUAAUAAACCUUAACAAUGAUGAAGCCUUUAUCUUUCAAAAUAACCUCAAACCACUUGCUGCUGUGUGUCUUCCUGGGUCGUGUCUGGGGUGUCACUGACUCCAAUACACCAUCAAUACCAAACACAAGGCUGACAUCAACAGUGACACAUACAACAGGAGCAGAAACGAGCACACUGUUAACCACUCCAAUGACAACCCUUGCCACAACAAGAAAACGUCCUGACAACGUUGAGAAUGUGACGGUGUUGAACCAAAGUGAGACUAGUAUAGCUCUGACGUGGGACAAGGUUAACAACAUCCCAAUAUAUAUCCUACAGUAUGAUAUAAAUGAUACUAUUAAAAAUGAAAAUAUCGAUGCAUCUCAUCAAGGGACAUCAGUAGAGUAUGUGGUCUCUCCGCUUACUGCUGGGACAAUAUAUCGCUUCACUCUCUUCACUGUGUUUGAGGGACUCAACAGCACUGGACACACAUUUGAAGCUGUUACUGCUCCUCGUAAUGCAGAUGGGUUUAAAUCAGUUAACCAAAGUCAGACCAGUAUAACUCUACAGUGGAAAAAAGUGGACAACAUCCUCAACUACACACUUAAGUUCAAUGAAGAAGAGAAAAACGUCACUGUGUCAGAAGGACAAGAACAAGUGAAACACACAAUCUCAGGACUCACAAGUGGGACAGAAUACAACUUCAUUCUCUAUACUGUGUUGAGAGAGAUCAGAAGCACUGGAGUAAACCUCACUGCAUUCACUGUUCCUGACAGCGUUAAGGAUGUGACAGUGUUGAACCAAAGUGAGACUAGUAUAGCUCUGAUGUGGGACAAGGUUAACAACAUCCCAAUAUAUAUCCUACAAUAUGAUGGCAAUGGUACUAUGGGAAAUGAAAAUAUCGAUGCAUCUCAUCAAGGGACAUCAGUAGAGUAUGUGGUCUCUCCGCUUACUGCUGGGACAAUAUAUCGCUUCACUCUCUUCACUGUGUUUGAGGGACUCAACAGCACUGGACACACAUUUGAAGCUGUUACUGCUCCUCGUAAUGCAGAUGGGUUUAAAUCAGUUAACCAAAGUCAGACCAGUAUAACUCUACAGUGGAAAAAAGUGGACAACAUCCUCAACUACACACUUAAGUUCAAUGAAGAAGAGAAAAACGUCACUGUGUCAGAAGGACAAGAACAAGUGAAACACACAAUCUCAGGACUCACAAGUGGGACAGAAUACAACUUCAUUCUCUAUACUGUGUUGAGAGAGAUCAGAAGCACUGGAGUAAACCUCACUGCAUUCACUGUUCCUGACAGCAUUAAGGAUGUGACGGUGUUGAACCAAAGUGAGACUAGUAUAGCUCUGACGUGGCACAAGGUUAAAAGCAUCUCAAGAUAUGUCCUACAAUACGAUAACAAUGGUAGUACAGAAAAGCAAUAUAUUAAUGCAUCUGAUCAAGGGACAUCAGUAGAACAUGUGGUCUCUUUGCUUAAUGCUGGGAAAAAAUACCAUUUCACUCUCUUCGCUGUGUUUGAGGGACUCAUCAGCACUGGAUACACAUUUGAAGCUGUUACAGUUCCACCAAUGGUGUCUUCAGUCAAUGUGACUGAACGCUCUGUGACAAGCAUCACCCUGACUUGGAACAAUGGUGAUAAAGACUGGACAUACCUACUUCAGAUUAAUGGCAGUACCAGCACAAUUACCCCGGAUGCAAAUGCUGUGUCACAUUCAGUCAAAUCUCUCAAGCCUGGGACGGAGUAUCCAUUCAGUGUGAUCACAGUGUUCUCCAAACUCAACAGCACUCUUUAUGAACACUACACAGUAACAGCCAUUGACUGUACCAGUGUAACCUGGCAUGUUACUAACUCAUCGAUCCAAGGGAUGGUUGAAGGCUUAUUCUCGAAUGCAACUGCCUCUAAUGAACACACUUAUGUCAGUCCUGAAGGUAGCAAUGUUUCAUUUACUGGCCUUUAUCCUGGUGCAACCUAUGAGGUGUUACUUGUGUACAAAAGACAUUCUACAGACUUUGAACAAUGUCGCCACAAACUAACGAUCCUUCCUCCAAGUUUGAGUGCUCGCUGUGACUACUGGGAUGCUGGCUAUUCUAUCAUUAUUUUAUGGAGUAAACUAGAGGGUGUUGUGACUGAAGUGGAGGUGAAUGUGACUGGGCAAUCUCACAAGGCACUUGCAACUAAGGAACAGAAGAUCAAAAUAUCUGGAUUCCAACCUGCUAAGACAUAUGAAGUGUCUUUAAGUUCACUGUCUGGGACUGUAAGGAGUUAUGAACCAUUUGUUUUUCUGUGUUCUACUGAUCCAAGGGGAGUCAUUGCAGGGUCAGUACUUGCUGUGCUGCUUUUUGUUGUCCUGGUCUGUCUGGCUGUCUUCAUUUUGUUCAAAAGACCAGAUUUAAUCAGAAGAAAAAAAUUCAUUGGUGUAUCCAAACAAUCGGAUAAAAAGUGCAAAGCAAUUUCUGUAGCAAAGUUUCCAGACCACUUCUGCCAGUUAAGUGUGGAUGACAAUAGAGGUUUCAGCCAAGAAUAUGAGAACCUUGUUCCUGUUGGCACAGAGCAGACACGUAAAGCAGCUAUUCUACCUGAGAACAAAGCCAGGAAUCGCUUCAACAACGUCCUGCCAUACGACUGGUGUCGAGUGAAGCUAAGUACAUCAAAUCCCGAUGAGACCUCUGACUACAUUAAUGCCAGUUACAUGCCAGGAUACAACAGAGAGAGAGAGUACAUUGCCACUCAGGGUCCUCUGCCCUCCACAGUUAGUGAUUUCUGGAGGAUGAUUUGGGAACAAAGAGUGAAAGGCAUCGUCAUGGUAACCAACUGCGUUGAAGGAGGACGGACCAAGUGUGAACAAUACUGGCCGGCAGACAGCAAGCCUUGCCUUUACGGAGAGUUCUUGAUCACCAUGAAAUCUGAGCAACAGGAGCCCAACUGGACAUUGAGGGAAUUCAGUGUGAAACAUACAAGCACAUCUGGAGGGCGCACGGUGAAACAUUUCCACUUCACAGCCUGGCCUGACCAUGGAGUCCCACAGGGCACCGAUGUCCUGAUCCAGUUCAGAAGACUGGUGAGAUGGCACAUAGAGAGAGAAGGGAACGGAGCACCAACAGUGGUUCACUGCAGUGCUGGAGUGGGGAGGACAGGCACUAUCAUUGCCCUGGAUGUGCUGCUUCAGCAGCUAGACAAAAAUAGAACAGUGGGCAUCAAUGCUUUUGUGCACAGGAUGAGACUGUGUCGACCGUUCAUGGUGCAAACAGAGUCACAAUAUGUUUUCCUGCACCAAUGCAUUAUGGACUGUCUGCAGCCAGAUGAGAAGACUGAAGAGAACAUAUAUGAGAAUGAAGACAUGAUAUAUGUCAAUGCCACUGCACUCCGAGAGCUUCGUCAACAGUAGACAGAUGCCUGAAACCAACGUGAUUGUCAAACGUGCAGUCAGUCUUUGUGCAAAAUAUAGUUCUGAAUUCAACAUAUAAUUUUUGUUAUAAACUGUAAAUAUGAAUAUUAAUGACAUGUAUUUACUGAAUAUGCAUAGCACACUUUGCAGGAUUUAUUUAACUUUAAAAGAGAAUUUUGUUCCUCUAAUCUGCCAAAUGUCUAUUAUUGUUAUAUUAUUAUUGUUGCUAUUAUUAUUAUUAUUAUCGUGUAAGGGAACAACACUCCAGAUGACCACAGAAUGUUUUCAAGUUACUUUUAUUAAGAAGAAAUAUAGGUAGAAAAGAAUGAUUAUCUAUUUGUAUACGAAAUAAAAUAUUUUAUGUUAACAAAAAUACCUGAAUGUCUUCCUACCAACUCCGCAAACAAGGUGAAAAACCCAGUGUGCCAUCACAUUUACAUAUUAGUCAAACUGAAAAGCAACAGAAAACUGAAAUCCAGCACUGUAAUCUGGGUGUUAGUUUCAGUGUUUGUCCUCCUCAGUGUGUCAGUAUGUCAGUGAUACUCUUUGCCUGCUUUCUUCUUUCCUUUUGCUUUAUUGAUAUAGUGUGUUUUUAAUGAUUGUUUCUUUUAUUUGUUGUUUUUGCGUGUGGACCCCGGGAAUAUUAGCGACCACUGUGUGGAAGCUAAUGAGGAUCCAAAUGAAGAAAUAAAGAAAUGGAGCAGACGA